UAAGGUGCCCUUGCACGCGCAACUCUGGCUUCGUGAAGGGUUUGUUGUGCUCACACACCACGAUCGUGGUCUCAACAUUGCGACGAUCUGCUAGAUUGUUUGGUCGGCGGACGUGUUUAGUUGAACUUUGUGUUGGCAGGCGGGUAGGGAGAGCGUCUCAGAGUGAAAUUUGAGUUGGUAUUGCGGUUUUCUUGAAAGAUACUUGGAGACUUGUGAAGUGUAGUGGUUGUGGCUUCACUGUGGAGGUUAUCGGAUACAAUUGCGAUCGUAUUUGUGCAGAUCGGCUCGUCUAUGUGGCUUAGGUGGAUAUUUUGAGAGAUAUGGCGACUAAAAUAAACUCGGUGUCGACUUUGAACCCCAAUGCGCCUCUAUUCGUGCCUGCAGCAUUUCGUGCAGUGGAAGACUUUUCCAGCGAAUGGUGGAGGUUGGUUCAAACUUGUCCUGACUUUCGAGAGCAGUGGGUGAGGGAACGCCUGCCUGUGUUGGAGGAGCAAGAGAUGUUCGAAGCAGACUUGGACGAGAUCGCUGACCUUGAUGAGUUUCUUGAGUUCCAAGAAGAGAUGCAGGAAAUGGAGAUUGCGCAAGAGUCGUUGAACUUUGAUGUUGAUGAUGGUUGUAUUGAUGAUGACUUGAGUCUAUUCAAUAUUAAUCAGAUUAGGGACUUGAAGUUGAAUCCGAAGUCGCAAGCGCCGUGGAACAAGUCAUUGAAGAACCGCGAUAAAAUUUCGUACAAGGUGCCUAACUCCAUCAAGAAAGGCGCUACAUAUCGCAUUCAGCAGCCUCGCGCAGCUUCAGUCAUGUAGAUCUUAUUUGAAGAAGGUGCCCUUGUAGGUUUUAAAGUUGUACAGUUGCAAGAUGCAGAAUGGUAGGAGUGUUUUGUACAUUGAGAUCUACGAAAAUUGGUGUUCGUAGUGGGUAGCAGUAUGCAUGAUUGUACAAAUUGUACCUCACCCGUUAGUCUUAACACAUUGUGGUUGACAAUGCGUUAUAGAUUGAACAUAAACUUCACACAGCAAACAAACUGCAAUUGAGUUGAUCUUAUGUGUUUUUUUUUAUUAGUUUUGUUUUGUUUUGUUAAGAGCCUUAUGGAGAUGAGAAUCUUCUCAGUCUUUAGAUAACAUCAUAUGUUGCAUAUGGUGUAUGCUGCUAUGUCACCUUCGCUUACAUCACCUGUGGCUACAAUUCGGUCUAGGCUGGAGCAUCCAUACACUUGUAUUACAACUCUGUUGUAGCCACUGCAUUUGGAACGAGAUGUUUCCAACAUUAA